AUGGCUGACGUCCCUUCAGCCUGGCUGUUGUGUGAUGCGGGUGGCGGCGGUGGUGGUCGCGGUGGUGGUGGCGGUGGAGCUCAGCCAAGGUCAAACAGACCUCGCCAAGGUCAAACGGAACUCCCCCAAAGUCAAACGAACACCGCCAAAGUCAAAGGGAACACCACCGAGGUCAAACGGAACACCACCAAGGUCAAACGAACACCGCCAAGGUCAAACGAACCCCGCCAAGGUCAAACGGAACACCGCCAAAGUCAAACGGAACACCGCCAAGGUCAAACGGAACACCGCCAAGGUCAAACGGAACACCGCCGAGGUCAAGCGGAACCCCGCCAAGGUCAAACGGAACACCACCAAGGUCAAACGGAACACCACCAAGGUCAAACGGAACACCGCCAAGGUCAAACGGAACACCGCCGAGGUCAAACGGAACCCCGCCGAGGUCAAACGGAACCCCGCCAAGGUCAAACGGAACACUACCAAAGUCAAACGGAACACCACCAAAGUCAAACGGAACACCACCAAAGUCAAACGGAACACCACCAAGGUCAAACGGAACACCACCAAAGUCAAACGGAACACCACCAAAGUCAAACGGAACACCACCAAAGUCAAACGGAACACCGCCAAGGUCAAACGGAACACCACCAAGGUCAAACGGAACACCACCAAAGUCAAACGGAACACCACCAAAGUCAAACGGAACACCACCAAGGUCAAACGGAACACCACCAAGGUCAAAAGGAACACCGCCAAGGUCAAACGGAACACCACCAAGGUCAAACGGAACACCGCCGAGGUCAAACGGAACACCACCAAGGUCAAACGGAACACCACCAAGGUCAAACAGAACACCACCAAAGUGAAACGGAACACCACCAAGGUCAAACGGAACACCACCAAGGUCAAACGGAACCUUGA